GAGCAGCCUGCACACCUCACUCAGCAGCACAUCUGCCCCCGAAGAAGAAGGCAGACCCGGAUCCCCGCUCAACACUGAAAACCACAACCCCCCCUGACCGAACCGGGACACUUUAGCUCUUUUAACGGGACAUAUGAUUUAGCAAAGGCUGUGACAUUUGAAGAUUUGAGUUUUACAGAUGAGAGGAGAAAAGAUGCUCUGCCUGCGUGACUCAGGCGACUGCUUACGGGAGCAGAUGCAGUACAUGAUGAGGUCAUUGCAAGACCUGAAACAUCUACGGAGAAUGUGCCCUGCAGCCAGACGCCCCCUCAGCACACAGCUCCCAGCUUUGGUGCGCCACUCUGCAGUGGCACGUGCCUGUCAACAGCGAGCACUGCAGCGAGAGCACCGCACACGCCUGCGGAUGUCUGAUGCCAGUACAGCCAGCACGUACGACUCUGCCUGCUGCCUGGCAAGUCCUCUGGAGGAGGACGACGAGGAGGACUCGAGCAGCCGGCUGGGCCUGAGCCUCAGACUGAGCCUGGGCUCCCCCAGCAGUCAGAAGAGUUUGGAGUUUGAUUCAGGUUACUCUGAAGCGUCGUGGCAGGAUGAACGGGUAGUUCUCAGGAGGACCAGGAACGUGCGGGUGUCAUCUUCGGCCUGCCUCCGCACAAAUAGAGCGCCAAGUGGACGCAUUCGACCCAAAUCCACGUCUGAUGCCUGUUUGGAGACAUGGACAUCCUUCGAGGUCAGUGACCCAGAGGACUGGACAAACUCUUUAUUGACCAGAGGACGCAACCGCCAGCCUCUGGUUCUGGGCGACAAUAGCUUUGCAGACCUCAUACAGAACUGGAUGGACUUGCCAGAUUGUCCCGAGCCCACCGAGCUGAAGCCAACUCCAAGAAGUCGACUGGGAAAAGGUUUCUUUGUCAACAUGAGACGGAAACUGGCGGGGUUUUCUAAGAGUGUAGAGGACAGAGUGAGGAUGAGAUCCACAGACUCAGCUCAGGUUAACAGAAACGCAAACGCUCCAAAACGUCUGUCCUGUCCAGUUGUGGCAGCGCAGCCUAAAGUCCCCUUUUUCCACCAGUCUCACUCAGGCAUUAAUGAGAUGGACACAGACUUUUACCACUUUGCAGCGCUCAUGAAAUCGCGCAGCCGACAGCCAAUAAUCUGCAAAGAUAUCAUCGGCUACGUCUGACACAAAGCCGUGAUUAGACUGGACAAUCCUCAGAGUCACUUUAUUUUUAUAUGACAGUUUUUUUAUUUACCUUUAAUAUGCUGUGAAGAUAAUGCAAAUAAAGAUGUCAUUAUUUAAACUCUA